ACAAUGUUCAAUCGUCCGAGGGCCGAAAUCUCCACACGUUUAGUCAUUCAGUCAGAUGAGCCAGCUGUUGUAUCAGAUCGCUUCACGAGCUCAGGGCGAUUGUAAGGACUUUAAAACAAUGCUUAUGUUAACUUUGUGUUAAAAUAGCCCGAGGUUGAUCGCAGUUAUGAUGUUUUGGCAUCAAAUAAAUAGAUAGACGGAUGGAUAGAUGAACGCUACGCGGUUUAGUUUUGAUGAGUGAUCGGACGGAUCACCGGCGUGCUGAACGGAUUCAGUCUGAUCUAUGCAGGUCUGAGAUGGAUAUAGUCAUGCGUCCCUCCAGGGGGGCCCGACCUCAACCAAUUUCCUGGCUGCAGGUCCUGUAUUUGAUGCACGUCUGGACCUGUUUACAAGCUCAGGUAUUGAAAACCACUCGAUGGCCGCUGUAUUCGGGCAAGCCUCUGCUGUUGGCUUGGAACGCCCCCACUGAAGACUGCAGACCUCGCCACGAUAUUAACUUCCAGCUCGACCAGUUUCAGAUCGUGGCGUCUCCGAACGAGGGCUUUACAGGGCAGAACCUCACCAUCUUCUAUAAGGACCGUUUGGGCUUGUACCCUUAUUACGAAGGGGAUGGCACCGCGGUCAACGGCGGGCUUCCGCAGGUCUCCAGCAUUACGCAGCAUGUACAAAAGAUGCCAGAUGGCGUCAAAAAAUACAUCAAGGACUCCAAAGGCCUCGCCGUGAUUGACUGGGAGGAGUGGCGGCCCCUCUGGAUACGUAACUGGGGCCCUAAAGUAAUUUACCGUGACCACUCUCAACGCUUAGUUUCUGAGAAAAACCCAACCUGGCCCCAGGAUCAGGUGACCAAAGUGGCCCAGCAGGAGUUCGAGCUCUCGGCCCGUAAAUUCAUGUUGGAAACUCUCAGAGAGGCCAAGAGACUGCGGCCCCAUCAGCUCUGGGGGUUCUAUCUAUUUCCUGACUGCUACAACCACAAUUACCAAACCAACCUGACAAAUUACAUGGGACACUGUCCAGAUGUGGAGGUAAAGAGGAACAAUGAGCUCACGUGGCUCUGGAUGGAGAGCACAGCUCUUUAUCCGUCUAUAUACAUGGGAAAGAUGCUGAAGGACAAGGUGUCCGGAAAGCAGUUCGUACGGAACCGGGUCAAAGAGGGGAUGAGACUGGCGUCUGUCGGGGACGGUGCGGCCAGGCCUGUGUUUGUCUACACGCGGCCCACUUACGGAAGCCCCACUCCUCCUAGUAACCCCUCUGAACUUCUGCUGCUGUCAGAGAUGGAUCUGGUGUCUACUAUCGGCGAGAGUGUGGCAUUGGGUGUCGCCGGCGUUAUCUUUUGGGGCGAUUCCACGUAUGCCAGCAGUCGUGCGAGCUGUUACACACUUAACGAAUACCUGCGAGGGCCGCUGGGUCAGUACCUCCUCAACAUCACAACGGCCGCAGAGCAGUGCAGCCGGGAACUCUGCAACUUUCGCGGACGCUGCCUCCGCAAACAACCCGACACGGACACUUACCUGCAUCUGAGCCCGAGCACCCACAGCAUAGAGCGCCGGGGGAACACUCUGAAAGUCUCGGGGCAGAUGGGAACGGAAGAACGCAACCGCUUACGAGAAGAGUUCCAGUGUCAGUGUUACAAUGGGUACAUGGGUGAGAACUGUGGCCAGAGUGAGCUGAAAAACAGGGCGAUGGUGUUUUGGACCACCUAUUUGCAGGUUCUUCUGCUACCGCUGGUACUGUUGGGGUUCCUACAGUGAGGCGGGGAGAACUACUCUGAGGAUACAUUUGACCUGAGAUGGGCUAGGUUGACAGGAGACGGAAGACUUUUGUUAGUAUUUGGAGAAGUGGAAUAGCCGAAACCACAAAAGCGGUCAGAAAAAAUGUUGGACGCUUUGUGCAGAAUAGCGAUGGCUUUGUGGGGUUGUUUGAACACAGAGCCCCCUGCUGUAUGGGAGGCUGAACUGCAAGCGGACAGAAUUCUUCAGUUUGUUAGUGUUGUAUGAAUGACACGUUAACUGUGUUUGCGUGCCUUUUUUAUAUAAAUGAUGUGCUGGAAGUCUGUCAUCCAAGGCCUUUCAUUUUUAUAACUUGUGUAAAACCGUGACCUUAUUUUGUGCUGCCAAAAAUAAAAAAAUGUGUUAUCGUGACACUGCUGCCUCAUCAAGGCUUGUUGGGUGAGUUUCACAUAAUCUGUUAAGAUGUCUGGGUCAUGUUUGUAUAUUCAUUUUACUGUAAUGGGUGCAGACGUUUUGCUACAAUAUGCGUCAUUUUCAUGAACUCUAUUUUUUGAAACACUUGUAAAAUAUGACGUUUUUGACCUACUUCAUCAGAUUCACACUUUGACCGCUGCUGGAUGGUGAGAAAUGAUUUGCUUAACUUGCUCAUGUAAAUAUCAAGUCAGUAUAUCGCAGAUUUUUUUGUCUUGAUGCCUUUAAUUUCCUCUUUUUCUAUUUACAUCUGCAGGAUAAACUGGUUAUAUAUAUAUAUAUAUAUAAUAUAAUAUAUAUAUAUAGAACUAAGUUGGAAUGAAAUGUCAGAUCUGUUUUUGUCGUACGGCCGUCAGAAACAUGAUCCUGUGUUGUUUGACAUGUUGGAAGAACCAUGUGACCAUAAAACUGUGUUUGUAUUGGUUGUCGUUGUGGUGCCUAAUGCCGUUUACGUUAAUUCGUUAUUUAAAAAAAAAAAAUAUAUAUAUAUUAUGUAAGUUUGGGGCAGUCGUGGCCUAAUGGUUAGAGAGUCGGACUCGUGACCAGAAGGUUGCCGGUUCGAUCCCCAGGGCCGGCUGUAACGACUGAGGAGCCCUUGAGCAAGGCACCUUACCCCUACUUGCUUCACUACUCUCUGGAUGGGUUAAAUGCAGAGGUCACAUUUCGGGUAUGGGUCACCAUAUCUGACUAAUAGGUCACUUUCACUUUUUUUUCACUUUAAGUAUACAAGAGCUUUUACUUCCAGAAUGAGCUUCAUCAGGUGUUUGAGAGUUUAUUAUUAUUCUGAAAUUGUCUGUUUAUAUUUUUGCAAUAAAUCUUGUAAGAUUUAA